AUGACGAAUAUGCUUGUAUAUUUUUUGUUUAUUUCAUUGACUUUAUUUAUGGCAAGAUGCCAUUCAUAUGAAAGAGGGUUAGCAGGAACUUGGACUUCGAAAAGUAAAAGUGUGUUUACUGGAUCUGGAUUUUAUGAUCAUGUCCGAGAUGUAAUGUUUCCUCCGAAAUUGACCGGUGUUUCGUAUAGUUUUACUGAUGAUGGGUAUUUCGAAGAGUCUCUUUAUCGAGUUUCUAGCAAUCCUACAACUCCAGAAUGUUCAGUUGCUGUGAUGCAAUGGCAACAUGGAUCAUAUCAAAAACUUGACAAUGGUUCUCUUUUGCUAAUUCCUAUUCCCAGUGAUGGUCGCCAAAUAUUUUCUGAUCCUUGUGCUAGUCUAACCUCUCGAUAUACUCGAUUUAGUGUUAAAGAAUUAAUUAUCAAAUAUGAGGUUAUUUUUGACCCAUAUUAUAAAGAAUACAAACUUUUGCUAUAUCAAUUUGAUGGAACUCCUGUACAACCUUUAUAUUUUGUUCAUUAUCCUCCAAGAAUGCUUCCUACUACAACGUUGACUCCUCAUUCCGUUAGAAUUCUUCAAAAACGAUCUUUCAUAUUUCAUUCUUCUUCCUUUCUACUUCCUAUCACCGAUUACUUCUGUUGGGUUGGCAUUUUAAUGAUCUUCUUAGGUACUCUUGGCUAUUAUAUAUUUUAA